GACGAGUCUAAAAGCCCCAUGAAAGCACCAGCAAUAAAUUUUAAUUUUUUAUGAAGCGUCAACAUCUAAAUGUAAAAAAUUGCUUUGAAGUAUCAAUAUAAAACUACCUGUAGGUAAGUACAGGCAAUUGUCAACACGUUACUCACACUGCUUCAGAUUGAAAGUUUGUCCGGUAAACUUUUCUAAAAGCCUCAUUUUAUAUAUAUAUGUAUAUAUAUAUAAAGCAAUCCUCAUUGACCUUGAACGUUGGUUUGCAAAUUUUGUCAAUACGUUUGUGCAAAGCCCACAGUCUCAACUCAAGUCUUCCUGAAUCCCACCUCUCUGUUUGACUCUUUGCUUAGUUUUAAGUAUCAAAUGUUUUCCUUCUUAUCCUUCAUCCUUCUUCUCCCUAAUCUAAGCGUCCUUCCUUAUUAUGAUGGCCCUGCCCCUAACCAUUUUCUUCCUCCUUCCCAUUCUGUCUGCCGGACAGGUCCUCCCUUCCGAUGCCUUACCCCCCAUAGAUUCAGUUUGUUCACUCAUCAAAUGCAACGCCAGUAUCACCUACCAACAGAACUUAAACCAGCUUUUUCUUUAUCUUCAUGCUAACGCCUCUCUCUCUGGCUUCCACACAGCCACUGCCGGCCAAGGCCGUGACCAAAUCUAUGGCCUUGCCCUCUGCCGGCCGGAUAUCCCCAGGAGCAAUUGCAGCGAGUGCAUUCUACAAGCUAUUGAGGUGAGCAACCGAACCUGCUGUUCCUACUACUCUUGGUACGACUACUGCCUCUUGCGCUAUUCUACCGAGAAUUUCAUCGGGGAAAUGAACAAUACGGUCACUAUCUUCUCCGAAAGUGGUAGCUUGGUUCCGGAACCGGCUCUUUUCAAGCAGCAACUGAUGCUGCUCAUGGCCAACCUAUCAUCCUUCGCAGCCAGCAAUGCGUCUGGGGGGUUAAUGUUUGCCACCGGAGAUAUCCGUCUCAAUGCUUCCAACAAUAUAUACGGCUUGGUGAUGUGCACAAGAGACAUUUCCUUCGAUGGUUGCCGCAUCUGCUUGCGUGGGUUGAUCUUCCACGCCAACUUCUUCACCAGAUUGUCUGAUGGCCGAUCUGUCACGCAGAGUUGCGGUGCGAUGUACAGUAUAGACCCAUCGUUUCUGCACUUAAACGUUGCAGCUGCGCCACCACCGGCAGCGCCACCGUCCGCCCACCAUUCUCCUAAGGAAACAAGCGGGACACAAGGGCUCAUGUCAAAGGGGAACAUUAUUGUGGCUAUUAUUGUUAUUAGUUACUUAAUCUUCGGGUAGUUGGAUCCCUUGGUCGAUUACCAUCUACUUCUCUUUGCUCCUUUCCAUGCACCUGACUCAGUAAAUGAACGAUCCUAGCCGGAUAACUUGCAACUCUGAUCACCGAGUUUGCCAACUAUUGGUUAACUUUCCCUUGGAACUAACACCAGUGCAUGGGUGUGGGCGCAUGGGGCAAUUUACUUGUACAGUUGUUCACUUUUUUUGUUUAAAUGUUGAGUGUGGUACGCUUACUUACAGAUUGAUAACAUGCUUCAUGUUGUAAAAAUUUUCAUGUCUAAGCUUUCUUUCUCUCAUUAAUAAGAACAUGUAUCUGCUGAUAUUCAUCAACUGUAAAAUAUAUAAAAUUAACAAGCAUAUCAGAUGGAUUAAUCAACUCAAAAAUAAUUAGAAUCCGUAGAUAUACUUGGAUCGACCUAUGAGUCUGUAACCUUGGUUCAUGCAAGAUCGGUGAACAAUAUUAAGCCUAUAGUAAGAUCCAUCUCUGAUCGCUUUCUCCAACAUUAAACUAGUUGCAUAAAGGAAUCCGUGUUACUUUCUGUACUCUCAGUAUCACUUCUUCCCCAGUAAUUGGGCAAUGGGCUGGACUUUCAACGGAUAGUUUUAGGCCUGAACGGGCCAGCCAAAGUUAAAGCUGAAGUCCCCCAUUAACGCUAGGGCUUAUCUCAGUUACUCUCAGGCUGUCUGUUAACGAGUUGGGAGAGCUAGCCGGUCGUCUUCAAGCUCAAAAGGGUUUGUUAGGCUUCUAUGAGGCUUCUUGUUAUUGUCUCAUGAAUCUGCCUCAAAACACUAAGGCAGAUUCAGAACAUUAUAUACAUGGUCACAUUUCUUGUAGUACGAUGACAAGUUCUGGAAGAUAUAU